UGGAUGUUAAGAAGGAGAAUCAAGAUAGAAGUCCUCCCUCAAGCACAUCUUCCGUGCAAACUGAUGAUUUCCAGUGGGACAAUUACCUGAAAGAGACUGGAUCUGUAAGUGCUCCUCCAGAGUAUUUCAGACAGUCCAAGAUUCCACCAGCUAAUGACUUCAAAGUUGGCAUGAAAUUAGAAGCUCGUGACCCUCGCAAUAUUACUUCAGUGUGUAUUGCCACAGUUGUUGGGAUUACUGGUGCCAGGUUACGGUUAAGACUGGAUGGUAGUGACAACCGGAAUGACUUUUGGAGACUUGUUGAUUCCCCGGACAUACAACCUGUUGGGACAUGUGAAAAGGAAGGGGACUUACUUCAGCCUCCACUGGGGUACCAGAUGAACGUGUCAUCUUGGCCAAUGUUCCUCUUACGAACACUAACUGGAUCUGAAAUGGCACCUGAGACACUCUUUAAGAACGAACCACCAAAGCCAGCCCUAAAUAAUUUUGAAGUGGGAAUGAAACUUGAAGCAAUAGACAGAAAGAACCCUUAUCUGAUCUGCCCUGCAACUAUUGGAGAUGUGAAAGGAGAUGAAGUUCAUAUCACAUUUGAUGGCUGGAGUGGAGCUUUUGAUUAUUGGUGCAAGUACGAUUCUCGAGAUAUUUUCCCAGUUGGAUGGUGUCACCUGACAGGAGAUGUAUUACAACCACCAGGAGCUUAUGUUUCCAAUACAAAGAGUAUAGCAAAAACACAAUCUUCCCCUUCCAAAGUGACCCGACGUUCAAUGCAGCCUCCACAGAAAACUGAACAAAUCUUACCAACACAGCAGCUCAAGAAAUCAGGUCGGACUAAACCACCUGGACAGACUUCAGUCCCCAAGAAGGGCAGUUCUCUUAAAAAUAACACAUCAAAGAAAAAAGGCCAAAAGGAAAAAAGUCUUCCUGCUUUGUGUUCUACAUCUGCAGCUUGUGUAAAUUUGGUGGCCAGUGACCGUGGCAUUCCUCCAAAUGAUAAGGGUUCCAUUCCUGGGACAUCUAAAAUAGUGAUGUCUACAGUCUGUGUCUAUGUAAAUAAACAUGGAAACUCUGGCCCUCACCUGGAUCAGAAGAGAAUCCAGCAACUGCCCGACCACUUUGGGCCUGGCCCUGUGAAUGUUGUGCUCCGGCGGACUGUGCAGGCCUGUGUAGAUUGUGCCCUUCAAACUAAGACUGUUUUUGGAUUCCUUAAGCCAGAUCAUCGUGGAGGAGAAGUGAUAACUGCCUCCUUCGACGGGGAAAAUCAUUCUAUCCAGCUCCCUCCAGUGAACAGCGCAUCAUUCGCUCUUCGCUUUCUUGAAACCUUCUGCCAGAGCCUGCAGUGUGAUAACCUUUUGAGUAGCCAGCCUUUUAGCUCUUACAAGAGUAAUACUCAUAGCCCUGUGGAGCAUGAUAGUGAUAAAUCAGAAAAAGAAGAUUUAUCAGGAAAGAAAAGCACCAAACGAUCGUCUCAGCAACCUCUACCUUAUGCUGCUCCUCUCUCUCCUAAGUUCCCCAAAACAAAGAUGCUUGCCUCUAAAGAAGAACAGUUGACUCCUGAGGAAAAUGGCAAGCCCAAAGAAGAAAAGCUUCCUGAAGAAUCCAAGAACUCUUCAUUAAACUCAGCACACUCUCUGAAUCCUGUCUGUAGAAAUAUUGUAAACAUUCAUACCUCAAACUCCCGGAAUUUUGUACAGCCUGUGCCAGGCACCUCAAGCUCAGCAGUAGUUGGGAACAAAUUGUUUGCCAAAAGCAGUCACCAUGAAGUUAACAGGAUGCAAAUGCAGAGGAAAAGUGAAGCUAUAAGUCAUACAGUUGGACCUGACCCCAGUACCCUGAAACAAAGCUACUUUAAGGACCCUUCAAACUGGUCUGUGGAAGAAGUGAUACAAUUUAUGAGAAAAACAGAUCCUCAGACAUCAGCCCCCCUCGCGGACCUCUUCAGGCAACAUGAAAUUGAUGGGAAGGCUCUGCUACUACUGAAGAGUGAUGUGAUAAUGAAAUAUAUGGGGCUGAAACUGGGACCAGCAUUAAAGCUAUGUUACUACAUUGAAAGACUUAAAGAAGGAAAAUACAAUUGAAAAAAAGUUUGUGUAAGUUUAGAUUAGACAUAAUUCUCAGGUGUACUGAUAACUUUUUAAUUUAAAAGUGUUUUUUACCCGUUGCAAUUUAUGUUUUGCUGAAGGUUCCUCUAAAAAGAUGUCAUAUUUGGAAUUGCAGAAGUACCUUAUAGUCCAAUCUUCUUUCUUAAAAACUAUUUAAUGUGUGUUAGUAUUAAUGUAGUCACGUUGGCAGUUUGUUCUGUAUAUCUUUUUAUUUUUUUAAUUGUAAAGUUUACAGAUAUACGUCAUUUAGGAAACAAAGGAAAACCUUUGAUUUUGGUUAAUUUUUAUAUAUAGAACCAAAACAGCUAAAUUCCAAAAGGGAAAAUACCAGGGAUUGAAAAUUUCUGUAAUUAAAUCCAUGAGAAUUUUUCCUUAGAAGUGAAUUUAAAGGUGCAACUAUAGAUAGAUAUCAUCUCUUUCUCAUACAUUUUAUCUCUCUGGUGCUGCAAUGUUAUGUUCAUGUUCUACCAGUUUCCAGAAAGGGAAUAGCCAUAUGAAUGAUUUCCCUUUCUGUUGUUAUUUCUCUGUACGUUAUAUUUGUUCAUAUUUAAAGGGAAAAAAAAAGCAAGCUUAUAAGCUUUCAUGAAGUGUUCUUAUCAGUUUUUUGAUAAAUUAUAGAUAGAUAGAUAGAAUGGUCAUUUUAUGCAGGAAAUAUUUAUACUACAAGUUUGGAUGGAGUCUGAUUAAAUUUUUUAACAAAAUACCUAUUAUUUUAAAACUCCGUAUUUUGGCUAAGCUUGGACAUUUAACUAGUCAUUCAUUGCGCACAUCUCUAUAUGAAAAUACCUGCAUUCAAUUUUUUAAAAGAUAUAUAUUUUAAUGUAUGUGUUUAUUCCUCAUAUGAUACUCUACCAUAUUUAUAUUUUAUUCUAUACCUGUAGGUAUACAUACAAGUAAAUCUUUUCUUUUUGAAUUUAAAAUGGCACUUUGCACUGCCACAGAGGUGAUAAUGGACUAUGUAUAUAGUUAGAUAUUUUUAUUUUGUUAAAAAAAAAAAUACGUACAUCAUUUGCUAUCACUAGUACCUCUCAGCUUACUCUUCAGGGGAUAAGAAACAAUCAGUAGAUUGGUUUCCAUACAGGGAAGUUCUCUGUCCUAUGCAAUGUUUCUAGCUAAUUUGUUUAGUUCUGAGCCAUUUAUUAUGCUUAAUUUUGGAAGAUGCAUUUGUUCUGACUUGUCAUUUGGGGCUUUCUUUUAAAAGUUAGAACUUUCAAGGGGAAAUGGUGCUAUAUGUUUGUUAUUAGUUUGUAUAACUUUUGGUGUAAUAUUCAUAAGCUAUGAGAAUCAGUGCAGAUAGUAUUAGCCAUUCGUUGUAAAUGCCAAUAAAAUGUACACCAGGAGCAAGAAUGUACUUUCUUUUUUUUUUUCCUUUUUAGAACACCAAAUGUACUUUAUAUAUGAAUGCAACUAUUUACUAGGUAUAUGUGGUUUAAAGGGUGGUUUCAUCUAUAUUAUUCCUUAUGUUUUAUAGGACAAGAUUCUAACUUAAACUUGAUCUUUUUUCAAAUUGUUU